GGUAGUUUACACAAUGCACAGGUAUUGCGCAAAGUGCAGAACACGGUGUAGGUGACAUGGCGGUAUCCCAGAGCUCAAUUCGGGUGUGGCGUCGAAAAGUGGCGCAAUGCAUAUCAGCAUCCAGACCCCGCAACACCAGAUCCUGCACCUAUCUUUAGACACAACGCGCACUCCGCAUACUAUCCGCUUCUAGUUUCCAAUAGCACCUGCAGCGGCACAAGACCCUGCAUACGAUCCUUCCGAGAACACCGUGGAAGACUUUGUCCCUUUCUAGACGAAUCUGAGUCACACGUCCAUCAAGAAUUUAUCGACUUUACGAGGUCUCACCACCUCACGAAGUAACCCAAGUGACAAUGUCUCUUACCAACGCCACGCCACUCGAGGUCGCCCAAGCGGCAAGACUCGGAUCCCGGAAACUUGCAGUCUUGUCUACCGAGGAGCGAAAUGCCGCACUGACAGCUAUCCAUGCGGCACUAACAACUGGGAAAGAGGAGGUUCUAGCGGCCAAUGCGCGGGAUCUGGAAGCUGCGAACAAGGCCGCAGCAGGAGGCACGCUAAGUGCAAGUUUGGUCAAAAGACUGGAUCUGGGGAAGCCGGGGAAAUAUGAGGAUAUGCUGCAGGGGAUACUGGACGUGAAGGAGCUGGAGGAUCCUAUCAACAAGACCACUGCGAGGACGCUACUCGAUGAUGACCUGGUCCUCUCAAGGAUAACAUGUCCUAUUGGCGUGCUUCUCAUCAUCUUCGAAGCCAGACCUGAAGUCAUCGCGAACAUCUCCGCACUCGCCAUCAAGUCUGGAAACGCAGCUAUCCUUAAAGGUGGUCGAGAGUCCAGCAAUAGCUUCGCGGCCAUUGCAUCCAUUAUUUCUAAGGCUCUUACGUCAACAGCAGUUCCAUCAGACUGUCUACAGUUGGUCCAAACACACGACGUCAUCGCCGAUCUGCUGAAGCAAGAUACAUAUAUCGAUCUCUGCAUUCCUCGCGGUGGGAACAAACUAGUCCGCUAUGUGAAAGACACGACCACCAUUCCCGUCCUCGGCCAUGCAGAUGGAAUAUGUUCAACCUAUCUCUCCGCAGACUACCCCGUCGAAAAGGCCACUAAGAUAGUCCUUGACGCAAAGACAAGCUACCCAGCUGGCUGCAAUGCUCUCGAGCAACUCAUUGUGGAAGAAGCAGCCCUGAGCACCACUCUCCCCACCGUCGCAGAAGCCCUCCUACAAAAGGGCGUAUCCCUCCGCUGUGAUAACACCUCGUUCCUCGCCCUCAAAGGCAAACUAGACCCCCACUCCGCCACGCUUCUCCAAGAAGCUGGACCAGAAGACUACGACACCGAGUUCCUAGACUACAUCCUCGCCAUCAAAACAGUCACCAACGUCGACGAAGCCAUCAAUCACAUCAAUGCACACGGCUCUCACCACACCGACGCCAUACUCACCACCUCGGAAACCACAGCGAAGACCUUCCUCGCUGCUGUCGACUCAUCCUCCGUUUACUGGAACACCAGUACCCGCAUGGCGGAUGGUCAGCGAUAUGGUUUCGGAACCGAAGUCGGCAUCUCAACAAACAAGAUCCAUUCUAGAGGACCUGUCGGACUAGAGGGCUUGACAAUCUACAAAUGGGUUAUUGUAGGUGACGCGCAGGUUAGUGCCGAUUACGGCGCUGGAGGCAAGCAAUGGAAACAUCAGCGCUUGCCAGUUGGUGAUGAAGAGAGUGUAGCGAGCAAUGAGGAAGAAAGGGAAGUAUUGAGGAAAUUCAGGGCAAGCAAGACUUGAUUGAGUCCGACUGAGAAUGUGUCGAUUGAAGACAAACACGUGAUCUAUACAACACCCGAUAUACGUCAAAAGCAUGUCCUCUACAUAGACCGAAUCGUAACCUGCAUACAAACCAUUGAAACAAAAUGCCACGUUACCACCCACCUUCCCCAUCCACUCCUGCAUCUCGCUCCACCUACCCCAAGCCCAUCGCCAUACUACCUAUCGCGUACCAACAAGAAAAAAUUCUUCCACCUCUUAUCACGAAUUCUCAUCUACCCUCCUGCUAUUCCCGUAGUCUCCGUAGUACAACCGUGUAUCGAAUGUUGUACGCGUCUUCCAAGAAAUAACACAGCAUUUGUGGUGC